AUGCAACAUCAAUUUCAAAUCUAUGCCAUUGACGACGAUAUGGCGUCGAUGUACCACAGCGCCGACGCCAUCAGCUCCCCCUGGUGGCUUUUGGAUAUGCAGGAUUUCCACCUCGUGUUUGCUGUGGACGUCCUUACGAGGCAGGAUGCGGCGAGCACAAGGUUUCACGACGUUCAGAUCCGCGUAGGCACGAAGCCCAGGAUUGGCCAGGACUUCUCCUCCUGGGCGCUGCUGGGGGAGUACAAAGGGCCUUACGUCGUGGGAGAAGGGCGUCUCAACUUCACAAGCGACGCCGGACUCUGCGGACGCUACGUCGUCAUCCACAAGAUCUCCUCAGACACUGACCAUCUCCAGUUGGUGGACGUGAAGAUCUAUGUCAGACACCCUUGA